AUGACAACCUACACUGAAGAACAGGAGAAAAUUGCAUUGGACGUCAUAUCGAAGGACAAACAUGCAUUCUAUGAAAUAUUGAAGGUAGAAAAGACUGCAAACGACAAUGAAAUAAAAAAAGCAUACAGAAAAUUAGCUGUGAAGUUACAUCCAGAUAAGAAUCCCCACCCCAAGGCGAGCGAGGCUUUCAAAAUCAUAAACAGAGCAUUUGAAGUUCUAAGCGACGUGGAAAAGAGACAAUUAUACGAUCGAAUUGGGAGAGAUCCUGAUGACAGAAGUAUACCAUCAAGUACAGCCACUGGCUUUAGUAGAGGUGGUGGUCAUGCUCAUGGGCACCAUCCAAUGGGUUUCGAAGAUAUGUUCUUUGGACCUAGAUUCGGUCAUCCGGCUGCCGCGGCUGGUGGGCCUGAAGACAUAUUUGAUUUCUUAUUUAAUAUGAAUGGGGGAAUGAAUGCACAGGGAACAACUUUUUCGUUUGGUGGUCCAGGUGGAUUUAAGAUGUAUACACAAGGACCAGGACAUACUUUUGCAAGACAUCAACGACAACAGCAACGUCAACGUCAACAACAGCGGAAUCAGCAAGAUGGCAUAAUAAAUUAUGAAACAUUAAGAGUGUUAUUACCGUUGAUAAUAUUUUUCCUUCUACCGAUAUUAGAAAGAUUUCUGUUUGGUUAG